GAGCAAUCUUUGUGCCUGAAUAAUCAUGUUCAGAUGCAUCCUGAAGACUCUGAAGUUCCUGACAUUAUCCGUGUUUAUACUCUUCAAAAGUUUCUUCCAGUUCAUAUUUCCUCCAUGUAAAAAAUCUUUUGCUGGGGAAAUAGUGCUUAUUACUGGAGCUGCAAAUGGGAUUGGAAGGCAGAUUGCCCUACAUUUUGCUCCUUUGGAAGCAACCUUGGUUCUCUGGGACAUUGAUGAAGAAGGUAACAGAGAAACAGUCAGAUUAGCCAAAGAAAAAGGAGCUAAACAAGUGUUUGCCUACUACUGUGACUGCAGCAAUAGGGAGGAGGUCUAUGAACAGGCAGACAAGGUUAGAAGAGAAGUUGGGGAUGUUACUAUUCUAGUCAAUGAUGCCGGCAUACUGCAUUCCACAAAGUUUCUUGACAUUCCAGAUGAUCUUUUUGAAAAAACCUUGAAAGUCAACUUCCUGGCUCAAGUUUGGACUUGCAAAGCCUUCCUUCCUGCCAUGAUCGCCUGCAAUCGUGGACACCUGGUCACCAUGGCCAGUGCAGCAGCAAUCUGGGGAACCUACAGAUUGUCAGAUUAUUCUGCUAGUAAAUUCGCAAUCAUGGGAAUGAUGGAAGCCAUUGAUUCAGAACUGCAUGAAGCAGGAAAAACCGGCAUUAAAACCACAAUCGUUUGCCCUUUUUUUGUGAAUACUGAAUUAAUCAGAGGUAUUGAAACCGAACACCCAAUCUUACUUCCUAUUUAUGAGCCAGAGUAUAUAGCCCGCAGGAUUGUGGAUGCAGUUCGAAAGGAAAAGUUCUAUCUGUUUAUACCUCCAACUUUACACCUCUGUGGUUUAAGAACUUGGGUUCCUAGAAAAAUCGUACAGCUCCUGCAGUCUUACCUGGGGAUCUACAGAAGCUGGGACAAGGUCGUGGGUCGGAAGAAGAAAGAUUGAAGCCAUUGUAUUAUCAAAGCUUCAAGUGCCAUCAAACGGGGUUUUUUUGGUAAAAUCAAUUUUUAAGUGUGUUCGUUCUUUGACAGUAGAAUUGCUUCUUGUAUAAUCCCUGACAUCGCUCAGCAUACAAUGUAAUUCUAAAUAAUUGCCUUUUAAUCACUGAUUCUCAGCUACAACCCUCUCUCGUUUUGUGACAGCAUGCUGCUUACAUACUUAUCUGAGCUCUCAAAAAUAGUCAGUAGAACCAGGCAUAGAUGCUUGACUUCAUUUCUUACUCACUCUUUGAAUUCUCAGUUUCUGAGCAUAAUUUCAGAGCACAGGAAAAAUACACUACUGUUCAUGCAUUGAGAAGAGCCAUAAAAAAGUUUAACAUCACUCACAUUUUAGGAAUCUUAGAAGAACUAAACAAAAUUUAGUGAAUUCCCCACCCUGGAAGCACUCAAGGCCAGGCUGGAUGGGGCUGUGAGCAACCUGGUCUAGAGGGAGAUGUCCCUGCCUAUAGCAGG